AACAGUCUCAAUUUAUGCUAAUCGUUCACUUUGUAUUUAAAUGUGCCAUCGAAAAGAAGAAGACUCAGUAAGGAAAUUUCUUCAAGGAAAACAUGAAAGCAAUCGUGCAACGCGUUACCUCGGCGAAAGUUACAGUAAAUGAUAAGCUGAUUAGUUCGAUUGGUAGAGGUCUUUGUGUAUUGGUUGGCAUCACCCACAGCGACACUGAAAAGGAUGUUGAAUAUCUGUCUCGUAAAUUGCUCUCGUUACGUUUGUUCGAAGACACCAGCGGUAAGCGUUGGCAAAAAAGUGUCCAGGAUGAAAAAUUGGAAAUAUUGUGUGUUUCACAGUUCACCCUGUACCAUCGACUGAAAGGCAAUAAACCAGAUUUCCAUAUGGCCAUGCAAGGGGAUAAGGCUCAGCAGUUGUAUCAAACGUUUUUGGAACGAUUGGGCAAGUCAUAUGAUGCGACGAAAAUAAAAGAUGGAAAAUUUGGUGCCUACAUGCAGGUUCAUAUACAAAAUGAUGGUCCAGUUACUAUCGAAUUGGAAUCACCAAUUGCUCCCGAAAAGAAAUCAAAAGAGGCUACUACAACGAACGGCGUUGAAGAUGAGAGUAAUAAAGUAUAAUUUUUAAUUCUGAUAUAUUUAAAAUGCAAUAAUGACGAUGAAAUGUAUUUUGUUGUAUAUUAAUUUAUAUUUCAAUAAAAUAAAAAAAAUUAAAAAA